AUAAAUUAAAAAAAGCAUAGGAAGUUGAAGCCUGGUAUGUGUUUUCCGUCAGAACUUUGAACCCUACGCCGUACUUCUCAAGUCUGAAUCUGUCUCUCUCAAACCAGACUUUUACAACAUUCGAUGUGGGAUGAACAACGGCAGGUAAAACAAAGCCCUCAUCAAACCAUAUCGGAUUUCGAAACAAAAAAACCCAAAUCAGCAUAACGAAAUUCUCAGAAUUCCCUGCCUCUAAAGCAACCCAAAAUUCCUCCGACCUCGAAAUCCCACUACAGAGUCGCUCAAAUGUUGUUUUCCUCCCUCUUUUUCUCUCCCAAAAUCUCCUCUGUUAGGUCCAAUUUCACCUUCCAUCACCAUAUUCUUCUCCUUCUUCUCUCUUCCAUGGAUUCCCUUUGAUGGCUUCUCCAAUCCAGUUGUUGUUUUCAGUGGUUCUGGUUAUGGGGUCUCCUCUAAAUCAAUUCUCUCUCUGGGUUUCUCUCUCCUCCCUCUUUCUCUCCCUUUUCACCUUCUUUUUCAGAGCUCUUGAUGGUGGCAAAAAAUUGGACAUGGAAAUGGAGAAUUCCGGUGAUUCACGGCUGCCGGAGGAGGAGGAGGAGGAGGAGGAGCCCGCCGGUGGAAGGCCUCCGAUUUCCGAUGAAGAGGAAUCAAACGACUUCGUUUUCAGCUUCAAGUUCCGAUCGUAUGAAGAAUUCAGCAAAACCAAUCGAGAAGAUUUUGGUUCCGAGGGCUUUAAUUCGUUGAGCAACAGAUACGAGUUCUUGCCGGAGAAGAGCACCAGUUUUUUCGUGAUUCCGAGCUUUAAGGUGGAGGUUCUGAAUUCCUGUUCGAGUAAUCAGAUUCCGGGAACUGGGGAUUUCCCAGUCGAAGAAUUUCCCGGGAAAAUUCCGGAAUCUGAAUCCAUCGGUGAAGAAAUUACAGAGAGCUCUGUGUACGGAGGAGAAGAAGGAUUUUCCGGGAAAGUUUCAGAAGAAGAAAUUACACAGUCCUCUGCAAACGGAAAUGAAGAAUUUCCCGGGAAAGUUUCAGAGGAAGAAAUUACAGAGUGCUCUGCAAAUGGGAAAGAAGAAUUUUCGGGCAAAAUUUCAGAAUCCAAACCUGUUGAAGAUGAAAUUACAGAGAAGCAGAGGAAAGUAGAACAGAGAGUCGAAGAAGAAGAAGAAGAAGAAGAAGAGGAUUUCACGGGUUCCGAUUCCGACUCCGAUUCGGGGUUCGAUUUCCACGGGGUAUUACAGUCAAAGGACCCACUAAAAUCUUUUUGUAGCAAUAGCAAAUCUUCAUCCCCAUCAAUCACAUCUCUUCUCUCACAAAACCUAAGGCUAUACAGACAAAAGAAAUCUCAAGUGGACCCAAUGAAGAACUUCAUAAGAGAGGUUCAUUGUGAUUUGGAGAUGGUGUAUGUGGGGCAAAUGUGUCUUUCUUGGGAGUUCAUACAAUGGCAAUAUGAGAAGGCUUUGGAUUUGUGGGAGUCUGAGCCUCAUGGCCUUCACCAUUACAAUGAAGUUGCUGGUGAGUUUCAACAGUUCCAAGUCCUCUUGCAAAGAUUUCUAGAGAAUGAAGCUUUCGAAGGCCCGAGAGUCGAGAAUUACGUCAAGCAUCGAUGUGUCGCCCGUCAUCUUCUUCAAGUUCCAGUCAUUAGAGAGGAUAAAAUGAGGGAUAGAAGGAAAGCAAGAAGAGUGAUAGAUCAUGAAAAUGAAGCAAUCACUAGUGAUAUGCUUGUAGAGAUUUUGCAAGAAUCAAUAAGAAUCAUUUGGCAAUUCAUUCGAUCCGAUAAAGAUCAAGCAACCCUAAAGCGUUCGAAGAAAUUCCAAGUCGAACUCCAAGACCCCGUUGAUGAACAACUUCUAAUGGAGAUCCAAGCAGAUCUUCAUAAGAAAGAGAGGAAGCUAAAGGAAAUAGUGAGGAGUGGACAUUGCAUACUGAAAAGGUUGCAGAGGAACGAAGAAGAAGAGACAGAAGGUGAUCUGUGUUUCUUCUGUGAAGUGGACAUGAAGUUGGUUGGAAGAGUUCUCAGAAUGUCAAGAAUAACAACAGAUCAACUGGUUUGGUGUAGGAAUAAACUGAGCAGAAUUAAUUUCUUGAACAGAAGAAAAAUACGUGUAGAACCUUCUUUCUUUCUUUUUCCCUGUUAGAUGCAUGUUAGUUAAUUAAUAUUUUCACUGUAUAUUCAAAUUUUCAGAGGUAGUUUUUUUUUUUUUUUUUUUCCUCUGCUUUUGCUGAGAAUUUUCCGGAAAAUUAGCAGAUGUUAGAUAGGGGCCAUAGAAAAUGAUGUUGGGGAAGUUAAAUGAGAAAGAGUUUGAUUGGGAAAUAACCAUUUGUUGCAAAAGGGAUUAUGAUUUUCUUUCCUUUGCUAUUUUUAUUUUUUAAUCAUUAGUAUUGAUGGGUAUGUAAGUUUGACUGGGAGUGA